CUUAAAUUUCUGACGGUUGGAAAACGAACCACAAACGACAACCAACCGUUUGGCCUUUAAGAUGGCCUUGAUAGCUUUUCGCAGGUGCAAGUUUGGUGUUUCUGAGGGCACCAAAAAAGAUGGGAUUGGAGGAAGAGGAGCACUUGCCUCUAAUGGAACAAAGAGGGUCAUAAUCCUACUGCCGAUGUGAUGGUGAGGAGCAGAGGAGGUGAUGCGAUUGAAAAACCAAGGGGGACGUUCCCAACCAGGUCAUUUCACUAGCCAAGCGGUGGCGCGGGAACCUGAUGCGUUAUCGUAAUUCUACAACGUAAUGUACUUACUUUCAUCUAACUUGCACCUUGUCUCGGUUUUUGUCUCAAAUCCCUACUAUCAUAUCAUGGACGAAGACAGCGUUCUUUCUGAGCAAAGAACUCUGUGCGUCGCCCAAUAUUGGCGCGGUUACGACUCAAAUGGUCAGCGGAUGCCACUUCAUUGGGCACUCUUCGCGAUCUCCAAUGCAAGUCCCGAUUCACUCAGAGCUACCAGCUCAGGAAAAGAGCAGGCAGAUCAAGUAGACCACUGGGGCACUUGUUACCAAGCAGUUGGUAACAUCGACACCUUUACCUAUUCUUGCAUGGAAGACGAGUGCAUGGAAAUUCUUGCCGAAGGCUAUCGUGGUUGCCUGGUAGUUGGAAAGAUCGAUUCUUUCUCAGCGGAGGAGAUAAACACGUUGCUUCAGCAAGUGACUGUUUAUCGAGGUAGAGAAAAUUGGAAUUGUCAGAAUUGGGUGCUUGCCGCACUUGAGAGGCUCAAAUCCUGCAACUAUGUUGCGAGCUGCGUAUCACGCGAUGCUGUUCGCAGCGAGCUGGAAGAUAUCCUGCACGAUUGGAUAGAAUGAUCGAGAUGCUACAUCGCGAUCCCCUACAUGUGUACAUGAUCAAGCAAUUGUUGUCCGCUUGAUUGAAUAAGUAUUAGGUGUAUUGUCACAUAUGUACGUUACUGAACAUACAAAGGGAACCCAAGGCUGCUUCUGUGCAGCUCUACAUAUCGUUUAUAUACCUCUUAAAUUGUAUCGAAUACGGCUUCUCGAGAAUCUCUCGGAUAUUCUGCCA